AUGGCGGAGGCGGCGGAUCGCGCCCGGGCGGCGGCAGCCCAGUGGCUGCUCUGGGACAAGAAUCCUAAAACUUUGGAAAUAGUGAAGCAGCUGAUUGCCAAGGGAAACACGGAAGAAUUAUUAAAAUGUUUCGGCUCCCGGAUGGAAUUUGGCACAGCAGGACUACGAGCGGCUAUGGGACCCGGAACCUCACAGAUGAAUGACCUGACUAUUAUUCAGACUUCACAGGGAUUUUGUAGCUAUCUUAAAAAGAACAUCAGGCACCUGAAACAAAGAGGCGUGGUUAUCGGCUACGAUGCGCGAGCCCAUCCACCAACUGGUGGUAGCAGCAAAAGGGUGUUUAUUCCAAAGGGCAUGGCUAAAUGUCGAUGGGGAUUCUCCAUCAUCCAGCCGUACACAGUGAACCACCUCAAACUUGCCGCUGGAAUCAUGGUGACGGCCUCUCAUAAUCCCAAACAAGAUAAUGGAUAUAAGGUCUAUUGGGAAAAUGGCUCCCAGAUCAUCGGUCCGCACGACAGAGGAAUUGCUGAGGCCAUUAACGAGAACCUGGAACCGUGGCCUCAAGCUUGGGAGGACAGCCUUGUUGACCAAAGCCCUUUUCUCCACAAUACUUUUGCGACGGUUAACCAGCAUUACUUCAAAGAUAUACAGAGGCACUGUUAUCACAGGGAUAUAAACAAGGAGACCAAGUUGAAAUUUGUUCACACCUCUGUGCACGGUGUGGGCCAUGAGUUUGUGCAGUCAGCCUUCAAGGCUUUUGACUUCAGCCCUCCGAUUGCUGUGCCCGAGCAGAAGGAGCCCGAUCCGGAGUUUCCCACCGUCAAAUACCCGAAUCCAGAGGAAGGAAAAGGUGUCCUGACCCUGUCUUUUGCUCUGGCUGACAAAGAAGGCGCUCGAAUUAUUUUAGCCAACGACCCGGAUGCUGAUCGGCUGGCCGUGGCAGAGAAACAAGAAAG